CCUGGGACGUGCGCUGAGGCCGGUCCUCUUGGCGUCUUCCAGCCAGGAGCGCUGAUAAAAGGCUGCGAGGAAGAGGAGCGAGAGGAGGGCGUCCUGGGGGCUCAUCCUGAGUACACGUCACCCGUGAUCAGCUAUGGCACUUACCCUCUUGACCGCUGUAGUCGCUGCCUUCUCUGUGGCCUGCUGCUAUCCCACUGCCUUUCAGGAGCUGGGAAGAAGCCACAAGAACAGGACCUCCAUUAAGUUCCUGGCUGUGGGCGACUGGGGUGGGCUGCCGUAUCCCCCUUACGUCACCGCAGUGCAGAAAGCUACGGCUCGGGAGAUGGGCAUCGUGGCCGACCAGAUGGGCGCUGACUUCAUUCUGGCCCUCGGCGACAACUUCUACUACAAAGGUGUGGACAGCGUGGAUUCCCCUCGGUUCCAGGAAACGUAUGAGGCCGUGUUCACUGCCAAGUCCCUCCAAGUGCCCUGGUACGUGAUUGCAGGCAAUCACGAUCACGCUGGUAACGUCCAGGCCCAGAUUCAGUACAGCCAGAGGUCUAACCGAUGGAAGUUCCCCUCCUAUUAUUACGAGCUGAACUUCCACAUACCCAACACGGAGAGGACCCUCACCAUAAUCAUGCUCGACACGGUGAAGCUGUGCGGCAACUCGCUGGACUACGCCGACGAGAAGCCCAGAGGCCCGCUGAGCCGGGCGGCCGCCAACCGGCAGCUGGUGUGGCUGCAGGAGCGGCUGGCGCGGUCCAAGGCCGACUUCCUGCUGGUGGCGGGCCACUACCCGGUGUGGUCCGUGUCGGAACACGGGCCCACACAGUGUCUGCUGCAGGACCUGCGACCUCUGCUCAACAAGUACAAGGCCACCGCCUACCUGUGCGGACAUGACCACAACCUGCAGUAUAUUGAGGAGUCCGACGUCGGCUAUGUGGUGAGUGGCGCUGGGAACUUCCUGGAUCCAGACGUCCGUCACUGGAACCAGGUCCCAAAAGGCUCCGUGAAGUUCUUCACCGGGAAGGCGUCGACGCUGGGAGGCUUCGUCCACGCCGAGGUCACGAAAGACACUAUGACGGUGACGUUCUUCCAGGCGAAGGGCACCUCUCUGUACCGCACUGUGCUGCCGCGGCGGGAUUUCAAUUAGGCCGCAACGCACGUGGUUGCCGUUUAGGAUCAAAGUGCUUUUCUGUGAUUUUUAAAGUUUGGCAACAUUUCUUAGUGAUUUUAAUGGAAUUGACUUGUUUUAUUGUGUAAAUCUUUUUAUUGUUUGAAUAAAGCGUUUGAAGAAUCUG